AAAUGUUUAUUUAACGGCAGUUGUUUUCAAACGCAGUUAAACUAAAACUACAGCCAAAUAUAUAUAUCGCGGAGGUUUAAUCAUUUUGGCCAUGGCUCAGGACUUCUUUGGACAUCCUGGUUCUGGUACAUUUCAGUCGACACCUAAAGCACGUCCCCGUGUGUCAGCAGAGAUGUCAGAAGAGGGUCAUGGGCAUAGUUUAGACCACAACUCAUCUGGUGAACCGCAUUCAUUUGCAACCUUAGAUGAUAGUCAUGAGCAGCAAAGCGAGGAUUCAGGCAUUAAUAUCUCACACAGAAGUUCACCAAUAAACGAGGUGGAUGAGGGUGUUGUCUCCACCCCCAAUCCCACAAGAAUCGAUGAAAUUGGGAAGAAAGCACAAGACCUUAUAGAGAGGAUCAACCAGAGCCGGGCAAUGGACCAGAAACUCAUGAACAGCUUUGAGGAGAAACUAAUGAAGAAGGUGAGUGAGAUUUGCCAGCAGUUGAAGGAACAGAUGUUUGAGUAUUAUGAGAGAAACAGCCGUGGAAUGGAGAUGAAGCUCACCGAGCUCACAGAAGUGUUAGAGCACAGCAGUCAGCUCAGCAUGGAGCUCCAGGGAGCCAGCCAGACACUGGCAGCCAUUAACAAGGGUCUGCAGUAAACCCCGGGCCAGUAGAUAUAAAUCACACACACGCACCACGUAGUGCCUAAAAUAUUUCCAUAGCAGCAGACGUGACAGUCAAAACAAAGUAGUUUUAUUUGUUGACAUAAUAGAAAUACCUUAUUAAAGAGGUAGGGUGAAAUGGUUUGUACUUAUUUCAUACCUGUAUGAUUCCCACUAGUGAUAGUAAGACCAAAGUAAUUUUCCAACAUCAAACUUACAAAGAGUGUAGUAUAUAGUACUGUUUAAAGAGAGAGGAAGAAUAGUAGGACUGCAGAACUGUAUUUAAAAAAAAAAUAGAAUGUGAAGCUGAAUUUAGAAGACUCCAUCAGUAAAAGAAAGAUUAGAUUUAAAACAUGUUCUUCAGAGAGUGCUGUAAGGAAGACGCAGAAGACGUAUUAGUCUAACUUCUGUUUUGAAUUUUGAUUUUGUUUUAUUAAAGUUGCACCUAUUUACACUGUAAA